AUUUAUUUCAUGCAUGACAUACUUGGCGGAUCAAACCCCUCAGCAAGAGCUGUUAGUGGGAUUGUCUCCAACCCAGCAGUCAGUGGUCAAGUCCCCUUUGCCAAGCCUAAUGGUGCAAACCUCCCAGUUAACAAUGGUGUUUCUGUCAACAGCAAUAAUAAUGGAAUCAUUAACAACAACAACGUUCCCUUUCUCACUAGCCUUGGUGGUACUAAUGCAGCCAAUGUCGUUCAAAACAACGGAAACAACCCAAUAAAUAAUGGCUUCGGGGGGGUUGCAGUCCUGAAUGGAGGUCAACUCCCUGCAGGAAGCAUUAUUCAAAAGUUUAUGUUUGGGACAUUGACAGUUAUAGACGAUGAGCUAACUGAAGGGCAUGAGCUUGGUUCAGGUUUGAUUGGCAAGGCAGAGGGGUUUUAUGUGGCUAGUUCCAUUGAUGGGAACAGCCAGACCAUGGCUUUCACAGCCAUGUUUGAGAGAGGUGGCUAUGCGGAUAGCAUCAGUUUUUUUGGCGUGCAUAGGACUGCUGUUUCAGAGUCUCAUCUCGCAAUCAUGGGUGGCACUGGUAAGUACUUGAAUGCUAAGGGCUACGCCAUUGUCAAGACAUUUCCAACUACAAACCAGAAUGAAACCGAUGGCUUUGAGACUCUACUGCAGUUUACAGUUUAUCUUGCUUACUAG